UUUGCCAAAGUGAACACGGUGACUGCAGGGUCUCCUGCCAGUCUCUCGGGGCUUCAGGUGGAUGAUGAGAUUGUGGAGUUUGGUUCUGUCAACGUAAACAACUUCCAGAACCUGCAGAACAUCGCGGCAGUGGUGCAGCACAGCGAAGGGCGACCCCUGAGCGUGACUGUGAUCCGCGGCGGCAAAAAAGUGCACGUGGGGCUGACUCCGAAGCGCUGGGCUGGGAAGGGUCUCCUGGGCUGCAAUAUCAUUCCCUUGCAAAGAUGA